CCCACCCCACCCAUGAAACCCGAGAAGAUUCACCCCUUCUGAUUCAAUAUUAUCGGAGACUCAGAUCGAGCCUAGACCUGCAAAUUAAAGCUGUUGUUUAAUUUCACGGAAGAAGAAGACUCAGAAUGGAUACUUUCAGCGCGGAGGAUCUAUCGACGAUCGGGGGAAUCGCGACAGUAUCUCUCCUUCAUUCCUUCAUUCCCACGCAUUGGUUACCUUUCUCCAUCGUUGGACGCGCUAAGAAAUGGACUCUUUCCCGAACCCUCUUCGUCACUGCGUUUGGAGCAGUCCUGCAUGUCAUAUCCACUGCCCUUCUUGGUAUAACAGCCAUCACGAUGGCUAAUACCAUCGCCGGUGAAGAGACUGUUCACAAGCUUGCUUCCCUUUUGCUUGUGUUUCUCGGCGGGAGCUAUAUCCUGCUGUUUUUGGCUGGUAAAGGAGGCCACGCUCAUUCUCAUAACCAACCCAUGGAGAAAAUGGCUGUUGCUGGGCUUGUCCUUGUUCCCGCGUUAUCUCCUUGUGCAACCACCCUCCCUGUUUUCCUCGCUGUUGGAAACUCAAAGCCCAUGAUGGUUCUCGCCAUCAUAGUUCUGCUGAUCAGCACCAUUUUGGUGAUGACGUCGCUGGUAGCUCUAUCGUUCUAUGGUGCAAGCCAGCUGAAGUUUCACUGGGUGGAAAGAUACGACAAACUACUGGUUGGUUCUGUCCUGUGUCUGGUAGGUGUCUUGACCCUUCUCUUCCAUGAUCAUGACCACCAUGGUGGUCAUGAAACACAUCAGCUCCACAGGAAAAUCAUUACUCUCUAGAGGCCACUUCUGUUUUGCUGUGUUUUGUCUGUUUGUUGUAGAGCGGCCUUGAUGUCUUCUCACCUUGUAUGUCUAUAACUAGUUGUAACGCACUCUGUUUCACGUGCAGUGUUAAAUUCCUAUUAACAUAAUAACAUUAGUUGUGAA